UGUCUCAAAUAAAGUGGCAAUCAACUUCAAUAUGUUUGAUUCGCUCAUGGAAUACGGGAUUAGCAAUAAUAUGAAUAGCUGUCUAUUUCACAAAAUAACUAGAAGGAAAGCUGGACUGAAAAACCAAUCUCCUGAAGAAAGUGUCGUAACCAUGUCAACCGGUGGCAUGUGCCAUUGCCCUAAACUCAUCCUCGACACUGGACCGUAUUACCAUUGUUUGUUUUUCACUUUUCUAUGUAACCAUAUUCAGAAGGUACAAUAUUUAGUGGUUAAUCUUCGACCCGAGGGUGAGCUAGCACAAUCAGUAUUUGUAAAACCUUCUACUUUAAGAUGUCCAUUAGUUUGAUACAAUAAGCCCAAUCCAGGAGCACGUUUAAAGUAGCAAAGAAUGCAGAUGAGUGCAUUCCAAUGUAGUAUUCUCGGGCAUCCCAUAAAAGGGCUCACAACACUAACUCUCAUAUGCAAUAUCUGGUUGGGUAA